AUGACAUAUUGCCUAAGAGAGAGAGACAGUCUCGCAAGAAUUAUUAAUUUAAAAAGGCCUUUAAAGAUAAAAUUUUUCAGGUUUUUAAUGGCCCUUAACAAAGCUGAAUUAUGUUCUUCACUUUGUUCAUGUCCUCUUCUUCUACAAAUGCAAGAAAAUUUUGUAAAGAAAUUUAAAGUAUAUCCAAAUCAAGGAGAAAUGGUUCAAACAACGAGUAAUUUUAAAGAUAUAAUAAAGGCAUUAGAGCUUCCAAAUAAACAAAAUAACGAAAAUAACGAAGAAAAUGAAGAAAAUUUAAAUUUACUUUACCAACCAGAAAUUAGUAAUUUAUGGCAUUCUUUUGAUGAAAUUAACAACGAUCAAGAAGAAUACAAGGAAGAAAAAAAUGAUGAUGAAGAUAAUAUUAUUGCUUCUUUAGAUUAUAAAAUUUUAAAUGAAGAAUCAAAAACACCCAUUCCAGUUUAUGAAACUAUGACUGAAUUGGAGCUUAAUUUAAAAUUAGCAAAAUACGGCCACGGACCAAUGGGUAAAAGAGCAGCUAUAAGAUUGUUAAAUCAAAUAUUUGAAGCAACACAUCCAAUUUUUUCUGAAACUACACCAAUUCCAAGAAAAAUAAUUAAAUUAUUAGAAAAAGAAAAUAAUAAUGAAAAUAAUAAUUUACAAAGACAAAAAAGAACAAAAGCAAAAAUCGCCCUUUUAAUGGAAUUAGAUAAAGAUGUUGAAUGGAAGAAGAAUAAAAAUGAUCUAGAGGAUUGUAAUAGAAUAGUGCCCAAAAAUGAUGAAAAACAGCAACAACAAGGAGGAGAGAAAACAACCCAACUCAAAAAAACCUUUCUAAGCUGGUUGAGGAAGCCUAACAAUGCCAAAUUGUACAAUGAAAUAUUGACUUUGAAUCCUGUACUUCUUGAAAAAUUGUAUACCACAUUCAGACAAGAUUUGGAAGAUACAAGAGGCGUUUCAAAAGAAGCUUUGGCUAAUAUACUUGAUGAAAUGGGAGUAACUUAUUGUUUAAAAAAUGUUGAAGAAUGUUAA